AUGACAAACAAGAAUACAACACUCUCUGAGAGUCAGAUCAAGGAGAGUAUAACAAAACUACAACAGAGAAAGGAGAAUAGAAAACAUGUAAAGUUGUGGAGACAUCCUUUAAAGACUAUUAAGUACUUUGGAAUUGUACUUAAGGAUAUGGUAUUGAGUUGUCUAGGUUAUUUUAGAGAUAGACCUCUUACUUUGUUCCUUUGGACAUUGUUGCUGUCAUCGGCUACAUUGGCCAUCUACGCACCAGGCCGUCAUCAAGAGUACAUUGGUCAGUACACCGAUAAGUUGGCCAUCUGUCUGUGGUGGGUUGGUCUGGGAGUGCUUUCCUCGGUUGGACUGGGCACUGGCCUGCACACAUUCGUCCUCUACCUUGGUCCUCACAUUGCCAAGGUGACCUGGACGGCCACCGAGUGGCAGACGUUGGACUUUGAGCAGUAUGGUCCCAACGCUUUCAUCAACCCAAACGCACCUGUCGCUGGCGGCAUCACCUUCUGGCAGAUCCUACAGGCGAUUCAAAUCGCCGCGCUGUGCUGGGGUGCUGGCACGGCCAUCGCACUCAUUGGUAACAUGGGAUUCUUUGGUAUCCUUGCAUUCGCUUCAAUUCCAAACCCAUUGUUUGACUUGGCAGGUAUCACAUGUGGACAUUACUUGGUCCCCUUCUGGAAGUUCUUUGGAGCCACUCUGAUUGGAAAGGCAGUGAUCAAGGCACACAUCCAGGCAUGCUUUGUCGUGUUGGCAUUCAACACCGAGACACUGACAGCCGUGGUCAACAUGAUUGAGACAUACAUCCCAUUGUCCAAGGGCAAGAUCCUUCCAAUCCUCGAAAAGGAGCGUCAAAGAAUGAACUCUGAAUCAGGUGUAGCAACCAACCAACCAAAGAGCCUGUUGGGUGUCGCUUGGGACUGCAUACUGGCAUUGAUGAUCUUUUACUUCUUGGUGUCAAUCAUCGACUCGAGUGUCCAGGAAUACUUGAUUGAGAAGGACAAGAAGAAGAUUGAGAAGUUGGAAGCGUUGCUAUCAGGUAAAAACAGCAACAAAAACAAGGUCGAGUCAAAGAAGGACAAAUAA